GCAACAGCAGCACUACAUAACACAAGCCUCCCUCUGCGGAGCGGAACAGUCAGUUACCCACUGACUGCAUAUCCACUGACGAGCACAUCCACUAUCAGCACCAUUUUUGUUUGUGACGAUGUAGUUAAUGACAUAAAAAUUCGUUAGGACUGUAUUAUCAUUGUUAGCUAAGCUUUCUAUUUUAAGCAAAUGGGAUUCCAAUCUUGGCUAACGGCUAUCAGCUCUAACAACAGGUUCACCAAAGAUGAGCAAAUAAAAGUAAUGCUCCUCCACAACGAAUGAGCAAAAGCUUUAUCGAGCGGUAACAGGACCGGUGGCAAUCGACGUCAAGAUGAUGAAGAAAAAGAAGUUUAAGUUCAGAGUUGAUUUUGAGCUGGACGAGCUGUCGUCGGUUCCGUUCGUCAACGGGGUUCUGUUCUGUAAAGUCCGCCUGCUUGACGGCGGAUUCUCGGAGGAAUCAUCGCGCGAGACGGUCCAGGCAAACUGUGUACACUGGAAAAAGAGAUUCUCCUUCCCCUGUAAAAUGAGCGCUAAUGCUGGAACCGGAGUCCUUGACCCCUGUGUGUGUCGAGUUUCAGUCAGAAAGGAACUGAAAGGUGGAAAGACUUAUGCAAAGCUGGGUUUUGCUGAUCUUAACCUGGCGGAGUUUGCUGGAUCGGGUAGCACCACACGCAGGUGUCUACUGGAGGGUUAUGACACCAAAAACACUAGACAGGACAACUCCAUCCUUAAGGUUAUUAUCAGCACACAGCUGAUGUCUGGGGACCCCUGUUUCAAAACGCCUCCAUCCACCGCAACGGUAAUAGGCAUUCAGGGUGAUGUGGAGAGCCUGCUGGAAGACAGGAAAGGAGGAGACACACAGAAACCUUUUCUUAGUCUCUCAGAGACAUCAGGGAAGUGUGGCUCUUUGCCUGAUGAGCUCGGGCUGUUCGGACACUCUCGAACGUCCAGUUACGCUAGUCAGCAGUCCAAAGUAUCAGGCUAUAGUACAAGUCACUCACGUUCCUCCAGUCUGUCGGAGUUCUCCCACAGGAGGAACACUUCAAUCGGCAGCGCUUCCACCGGCAUUGCCAGCAUCCCUGAGCCCAGUGAGGAGUGUGAACUACAAACUACAGUGCCCCCUACAGCCCCGGGGGUCCGCGCUGCUGUGCCUGAACACCCAUCGACCCCUGACAGAGCUGCCAGCAGGUACCCAGUGAAACAGGAUUCAAUGGAGUCUCAGCUGAAAAGGGUGGAUGCCACACGGGUGGAUGCCGAUGACGUAGUUGAGAAGAUUCUGCAAAGCCAGGAUUUCACCCACAGUCUGCUGGACUCCAGCACUGAAGAGGAAGGUCUGCGCUUGUUUGUGGGCCCUGGUGGGAGCACAGCACUUGGUAGCCAUCACCUUCCUGCCAGGGUUGGAGCUGGUGCCUACGAACAGGUGGUGAUCAAACGUUAGAGUUGAGAGAUGACAGAAGGAGAAGUGUCAAAAACCAAAGUCUGUUUCGUGGGAGGAGAAAGGGACGAAGAGAUUCAGACAUGUUGGUCUCCUCUCACAUUAGGAGUGUUCGUCAUGAACCUGUUUCAUCCUUUUGAUGGAAUGGUGUCCUCUGCUGGCUACAUGAAAAACUGACAGCUCCUCUGUAAGAGGCUGCUAUUAUAGGUGUCUGUGUUUCACUGUGAGCUCAAGUUUGUCUCCUAAUACUUCCGCUUUGAAAAUCAAAGUUUUUCUCUAUUUUCCUUGCAGAUUUAAAAAAUAUAUAUAUUUCAUAUUAGUGUUUUAGUUUGUUUUAACCCAUGUUAACAUGUUUGUGAGCCAUGUCAGUAACAUUUGAUGGAUUGUAUACAUCUUUUACAGUACAUAUGAGGUGAAUACUCUCUCUGCAGAUGACCCCUUUGCUAAUUUUUUUUUGUCAUCUCAUUACUGUCAGUAUGGAAAUCAAACCGUCCUCACUCUCACUUUGUGCUUGUGAGAAGUCAUGAUGCAUUGGACAGAUGGAGGCGUUUUCAGACUUGUCCAUUUGAAUAGCACUUUGAAUUGAAGGACUUUCUGUGUAUCUCCAACACUGUAGGGAGUUUUGAGGCUGAGCUGCUGAUCAAGUUUACCCAUACACGGAAAAUGUGUAUAUCUUCUUUUUUCAUUGUCCUAAAUGACUUUCAGCUUGAGAACUUAAAGAUAGAUGAAACUCCUACAGCUGCAUUAUAUGUUGAAUGGGACUACUUAUUAAAUUUUGCAGUUCAGUAUAUUCACAUUUUAGCUACCAAUUUCCAAGCAGGUGAAUAUCUAAUAAUUAAGUCUCUGGCAUCAUUAAUGAUAUCUCGUAAAUUAAUUGGCUUUCAUGCAAGGACAUGAUAUGAUAUGAGCCAAGCUGUUCUCAAGCUACAAUUAGUAAAAUUGCAGCACAGAACAAAGCAUUUAACUAUUUCAGCAACGCUUGAAACAUUUAGCACAAGGCUCUUGAGAGAUGCGUAGCUCUUUUUAUCCUCUCUAUAACACUACAAAAACUUUUUUUUUGUAGUUACUUGAUGUAUCACUUAAAUGAAAGUAUUGCCUAUUUUCAUAGUAUCUCUGUCUGUAAGAUCAGCUAUAGGGCAUAUCAGAAUCAUACAUUAGUGCUUCUCUAGUUUUAUGUGACCGUAUGCCCAUAUCUUCUCAGAAUCCAUUCGCUGUUUUAUUAAUAUAAACUCACUUGUUUCUUCAUUUGGAAUGCGUGAGGAUUCGAGGUUAUAAUAUAACCACUUGAUUAUAUUAUAACUGUCUAGAGUUAUAGUGUAGAAAUGCAUGGGUGUCACACCUACUCGAUGUGUCCAAAGCUUUUUGUGUAGUCUUUAAUAUCUCCAUCAGAUUUAUCCAGAUCUGUUGAAAUCCAAACACUAAAAAACACACACACACGAAAAAAAAAAACUAGUCCAUACAGCUCAGGUUUAUUUUAUCUUUUGAAAUAUCAAAGCACCACACUGCGAAUGUAGAGCCCCUACAGAGACAUGGUGAUAUGUCUAAAUAAGAGAUGGGAGGAAAAGUUAAAUAUAAGUGCUUUUGCGUUCUCUCAAAAAUGUUUUGGAUUGCUUAGAGAAAUGUUAUGUUCACUUGAAAAGAGUGAGUGGAAAGCUUGUCAUGGGAAUGAAAAGAUUUUGCAUGCAAACAAGUUUCUUGCGGGAAGGAACAAUUUUUGCAAGAAAAUGCAACCUUUUCUUGUGAGAAUGCAAGCAUUAUAUGUAUUGUGGGAAUGCAAGCAUUAUGUGAGCAAUUGCACUGUUUCUCAUAGGAAACCUUUGUAAAAAAAAAAAAUGCAUAAUUUAUAUAUACUUUAUUCUCCCAUCUCAUAUUGUUCUACAUCACUUAUGUCCCUUUAAGUGCUCCGUUGCAAAUGUUUGCAAAUACCAGUAUAUUUAUUAUAUUAUAAUAUUAUCUGCAAUAUUUCAGCUUCAUUACUUUUCAUCAGACACUCAAAAAUAUGAGUGAGUUUAAACUUGAUUUUUAGUUUUUUAAUUGAUCUACUGCCAAAAUGAAAGUCUAUUUUUAUGUAUUUGAGCUUUAGUGUUACUGAAAUUGUCGAGAUUCACUUAUUCUCCCCUGGUCCUGGUACUAUACAUGUUGUAAAAACAUGGUGGCUUUAUCUCUUCUGUGAAGUUUUUGGUCCUAGUAAUUGUACUGUGUCUGAUGUUUAAAGGUGACAUCGCAAUGUUGUGUUCUAACUUUUGGCUUCCAUGCCAUGUGUUCUGUUAUGAUGCUGGUAAGCUAUGUACCAUGCACUGUUAAAUAAAACCACAUUUCAAAA